GCUAAAAUUUAUCGUGGAAAGAGAGAAAUUAACUCUGAUUAUUUUCUAUAACGGAUAAUGUUUUCGUUUAAUAAUUAUUUUGUAAUAAAAAUAUAAGCGUUGUUACGUCGCAAAGCUAAUUUCAAUUAUCCGAGAAGGGAAAAAUGCAAAUUUCACCAACUAUUAGGCUUAAGGUUACAAAUUUUCAACAGGAAAUAUGUCUGAAAUGUUUUCUGUUAUCAUUUACCUCAAUGUCAAUGAUUUACGGAUGGAAUUUCUUUAACUCCUGUUCAUGCGUCACAAGAAACAACAAUUAUCUGCUCAAUCUUCUGAAGACAUUUUAUUUAUCUUUGAUCGAAUGCUUUUACUGGUUACAUUUUUUCCUUACGUUUUGCAUGAUAAUCCAUUUCGUGUCAAAUAAAACGCCGUGUAUAUCUUGGUAUUCGAUUGUCGAUAACGACAUCUUUGUCAAAGUAGGCAUCUGUAUUCUUGCCUUAGUGUUAGCCGUAAUAUUUAGCAUCGUAAGGAGAGUAAAAUUAAAUACGAGAAUAAAACUAAGAAACUCAAAUUACUUUCGCGAUAAUCAGUUGUUUUCUAUCAUUAAUUACACAGGAAUUGUCGCAAUGACUAAGACGAUAAUUCUUACAUUAUGGCUUCAGUUGUUGAAUGUAUUUUACUUUUAUCACGGUUUGAAAAAAAGAGAAUCAUUCAAAUUCGAAGCACUUUUCUGUAGCAUCGAAGCUGGAAUAUGGAUGAAUUUGAUGAGCGGUGGUUUACCUUACCUCGGCUUUUUUCUGUUUUUGUUUGUUGUUUCUUUAACCAAAGAAUUUCAGAAAAUAUCAGAGGACUUGUAUGUCUUGAGAAAGGAUAAUCCAAACUUGGAACUUGAAUUGGAAGAAAUUAUGGCACAACACCAUGAAAUGUGGUCAUACACCAAUCAACUCAACGGACCAUUCAAUUACGUAGUCACUAUUUUGUAUGCUACUUUAUUAACAGAAACGUGUCUACUUUAUUUUAUUGCCAUCUUCUCGAAAGUGGAAUUCGCGUUGAAAGUCUUCAUUUUUCUGAUUUGUGCUCUAAUGACUUUUUUAUGUGUUUUAGUUGGAUUCGUGAUGUCUGUUUUCACGUCAAACAUGCAAACAUCCUUUCAAGACACAAGAAUAUUUGCUGAUUGCGAUCUCAGUUUAGAACAGAAAUUAAAGAUGCUGAAUUUUAUGAAGAGAUUUGGUAAAGCAUCUCUAUGCUUAUCCAUGAAUGAUUACUUCAACGUUACCAAGAAAUUUCCGAUUAAAAUGGCGAGUUCUCUUCAUUCUGUAUUUUCUGGUCUUCUGAAACUCAGGACAGCUACGAGACGGAAAAAUUAAUAUCUUCGGCCGGAUUUACCUAUAGGCCGACUAGAUCGCGUUUUCGUUCCCCGCGAUUCAAGGGACUCCAAUACUAUUAAUUCGCUGCAAGAAUCUUUAACAAUGAUCAAUACAAGACUAAAAGAGAGGAAUGUUAUCAUCAUAAGUUAAUCUUAUCUAUGACCACAUUCACCUUCAAUGUGUAUUAGAGACAUAGGAUCGCUUCUAGAAGUUCAAGUGGGAACUGCUUGAUUAUCUGUCAUACUGCCCAAACUUAGCAGAGUGAUUUCCAUUUGUUGAGUGAACAAAUGAAGCAGUGAUUAGGAGGUCGUAUUGUCAAAUAGGAGACAGCUUCAAGUGCAAAAUAUUUGAAUCGUGUAAAGCAGCCAGAUUACAUGCAUUCACCCAUAGAAAAAAAUCUCCGA